AUGAACGUUUCGCCUCCCAUUCUUUCCGGUCUGGCUGACAAAGGAUUUAGGAUUAGUAACUGUGCCCAAUUUAUUAUUGACUUCCCUAUCCCACCGAGCAUCAUAGCAGACCAAGGUGCCCUAAUGGGUCCGGUGCUGCUUACUGCCGGCAUUAGGCCUUUGACACUAGAUAGCAAGUACCGUAGCGAUCUGUGUGCCAGCACCAGUUUUGUGGCUCGGCGAAUGGCCGAGAAGCAUCCGUGCACGUUCCUGUCGGCUGGCUGGAUUAUAGAAGCAACGCAACGAUGUCGUUAA